ACGUAAGGGCCUGGGAUCUAGUGAAGCGCUUGGAUUCGGCCAUCUUGGCUGUUUUGACUUGCAGUUAUCAAAAUGGGUCGCAGAAGUCGCUCACGCUCGCGCUCUCCUGCACCUCGCAAAGACAAAGACAAAGAAAAGAAGCGAACUUCUAGUACCCGAGGCCGUAGUCCAGUAAAGUCGAGUAAAGCAAGUAAAGGAAAGAAUAAAGCCAAAGGGGAGCAAGGCAAAGCAAGUGCAAAAAAUGCUACAGAGAAUUCGAAGGGAAGUCGACGCCGCAGCCGUUCAUCCAGCAGUUCAUCGUCAAGCUCUGGCAGCUCGUCAAGUUCUGGCAGUCGCAGCUCCAGUUCAGGAUCCAGCAGUAGUAGAAGCAGCAGUUCAGGAUCAAGCAGUGGCUCAAGUCGGAGCAGUAGUAGGUCAAGUAGCAUUAGUAGUGGUGGUGAAAAAGACAAGACAGCCAAGGCUAAGAAAGAAGUGAAAGAAAAAGAGACAAAAGAAGUGAAAGAAGUCAUAAAGGAACCCAAAGAAAUCAAGGAUAAAGCUCCUCCCCCUCCCCCUAAAAUCAAGUCGCCUAAAGUGUCUCCUCCCCCAAAGUCACCCAAGAAAUCUCCAGUCACCAAGUCACCCACUCCGCCUCCUCGUGCCAGGCCCACGCGACGAUCAGUUUCGAAAUCCGUGUCGAAGUCACCCAGCCCCGUGAAACGUGCACCUCGCGCGCGUUCGUCGUCCUCGUCAGGCUCCUCGCGCUCGCCAAGGAGACGUAAAAGAAGCCCAACUCCCAAACCCACUAAGCUGUACGUUGCGCAUCUCACACGCAACGUCACUAAGGAUCAUGUGUUCGAGAUAUUUAGCGUGUACGGUCACGUGAAGUCAGUAGACUUGCCUAUGGACCGGUUUAAUUUUCUUCCUCGGGGAUUUGCGUACGUGGAGUAUGACGAGGCUGAGGAUGCGGAAAGCGCUUUGAAGCACAUGGACGGAGGACAGAUUGAUGGACAGGAGAUCACAACUCAGAUGGUACACCCCAUGAGGCCUCGCGACGUUAGACCUGCUCGCCGUCCCAGUCCACCUCCCCCACGGCGCCGUCCUCCGCCGCCAGCGUGGAGAAGAUCCCCGCCCGCCAGAUUCCGUGGUCCUUUCAGGGCGGGAAGACGAUCGCGUUCACCAUCACCACGACGCCGUUCUCGUUCGAAAUCACGAAGUAGAAGUCGAUCUCCGCCGAGACGACGAAGAUACAGCCGAUCAAGUUCGAGCUCCUCUCGAUAAGCUUGCACUUGGUUCCAGUGAACUUUGUGCGUAAGGAAAGAAAGCUCUGUUCAAGGACAACAUAAUCGAAAAAUAACUGCGUGUUUGCAGUCUGAUAGUCAUAGUAGCUCAAGUUGCAUCGGUGAAAGAAGAGAACAUUUCAGUGAAGGAAACAGUUUUCGAUUCAAAAGUCCUAAAACGACAGUUUCUUUCCGUUAGUCUGGUACAAUUUUGGAAACAAAGACAAACAGAACGUUUCACUAACAGAAAUUUACUGGGACACUUGAAGAGGUUAUAUUCAUGUGAAAAUGAGUCAAACUUACAGAUCUGUUUCAAGAUUGUAUGGCUGUAUUACUUUUAAAUUGUUUGAUAGAUGCUUCAUCAUUUUUACUUCAAGAGACAGUUGCUAAGUUUGUACAUUCUUGCUUUUGAAUUAAAAGCAGUUUGUACUUUUUAUUACCUGGCUGUGAUGCUGCGCUUUUUGUUGCCUUUUUUUUGUUGUUAUUGGUACGUUUUUUCCCUUUUUUUCUUAUUAUUUUAAUUUAUUUAGUUUUUGUUUUGUUUUUUUGCCAGUACUGGUUUUCUGUUAUUAUUUCUGUGGGUUAAACUUCAACAGUCUUCCUGUUGAUUUGCUUUAAAAUUCCACUGAUAAGAGACAAAAACUGAAAUGCGGGCCUCUAUUAAGAUCUGGUUUAUGCUUUGAGUGCGUCUAUCGAAGGCUGUUCGUGUGAGUAAAGAAAGUACUUUAGAAGCUGGAACUGUGCUUUAGGUGAAGGAAACAUCCAUAAAGCCCUGGCGAAACGGACUCGCAAGAAGUCGCAAGUAGCCGCAAGUUGAAUUUGCGUAGAGACUUGCGUUGGGUGGCCAAACGGACUCUCAAGAUUCCUCGCUAGUUAGCCUACGUCUAGCCGUAGUAGGCCACGCGCUAGUACACGCAA